CUAUUUUGUACCUGGUAGCAUAAACUACUGUAAGCAUAAAAUGGAAUGUUUCUCUCAGCGAAUUUUGUAUACGAUUAAAAAAACAGUUUUUCUUAAAUUUUCCAAAAAACAACUAAAAUCAUGUUAUUUUGCCUUGCCGCUAAAGCCCGUUAACAAAACCAUUUCUGACACUAUAAAGGGAAAGAAGCCAUACUUGCCUGAACAUAUAUACCUUUCUCUCCUCAACAACUUCAGCAUGCACACACAUAGCAGUUUGAAUAAGAGAGUACCCAAUAUAUCAGAGAGGAGGGAAGGAUAUAAUCCGUCACUGUAGACUGAUUAAUGUAUGCAAUGCAAACGCAGAUGAAUGAAAUGGAGAGUGCAGAGAAGUUGAAGGAAAGCUUGCAGGAAAGCCAGAGUCUAACUGAAUCCAUGCUCACCAUUUUGGGUUCUUUUGAUAGACGAAUAUCCUCAUUGAAUUCUGCAAUGCAUCCCACAGAGGUUCAAAUGGUUGACAUGAGAAAGGUACAAGAGAAUAUUGAAAAGACACUGAGAGCAACAGAGCUGUUUCUAAUGCAUUAUGAUAUCUCUCGUCAGGUAGAGGCAAAGAUAAUGGGGGGACUGCAGGAUGAUUUGAGUGGAUUUCUUAUUGCAGUUGAUAAGCUCCAAAACACACUUGAUUUUUUCUUUAGCACUGGCAACUUAAAGAGCAAAGAAAGCACUGUACAUGAUGCUCGUCAGUUGCUCUGUAAGGCAAUGGAAAAGCUCGAGCAAGAAUUUAAACGCUUGCUGACAGAAAAUAGCAAAGUUGCUGAGGCAGAACAAUUAAUUGGCCUUUUACCAAUUACAAACAAACAUUCAAUAAGUGCAAGAAAGAGUUCUUCAGGCUUGAAUUCCAUGUUUCAAUCCUCUUUCAGGAAGACUGAAAAUGGGUCCAAAUUUGAUAUUGCACCAGCUGUAUUGCAAACUCUUGUUCCAGUCAAGAUGCUACCAGAACUGUUUGAGAUUGCAAAGCACAUGAUUAGUUCUGGGCACCAUCAACAAUGUACCAAAAUCUACAGAGAAAUCAGGCUAUCCUGUCUUAACCAGACUCUCUUGAAGUGUGGAGUAGACAAGUUAUCAAAAGAUGAUGUGCAGAAAUUGUCAUGGGAAUCAUUUGAGGCAAAGAUUGGAACUUGGAUCCAAUGUUUGCAGAUUGCGGUUAAGAUAUUAUAUACAGCCGAAUGGAGAAUAUGCAAUCAAAUGUUUUAUGAGCUCGAUCCUCAUAGAGAAUGCUGCUUUGCAGAAGUUACUGAGCCAAGCAUGAAACAACUUUUGAACUUUGGGGAAGCUAUGCUAAAAAACCGGAAGACAUCAGAAAAGUUAUUUGUAAUUCUUGACAUGUAUGAUGCAAUGCAUGAUCUUCUGCCAGAGGUUCAACAUAUAUUUCAAGAAAAAGCAUCUAUGGAAUCAUUGUCUAGUUUUGAAGACUUAAUGAAGAGGUUGGGACAAACAGCAUGCAAUUCAUUGAGUCAGUUUGAAGAUGGUAUAGAGAAAGGUGUCACUAAGGCAAUUGCUCAUGAUGGGACUGUUCAUUCUUUAACUAUCCAUGUCAUGAACUAUGCAAAGUUUCUGCUUGAAUAUAAGACAACAAUAGAACACAUAUUUAAAGAAGAUGAGAAAAAUGGUGAUCUAUCAUCACGAAUCAGGAAUAUUAUUUCUACCCUCCUAACAAAUCUAGAUGAGAAGGCAAGGCAAUACAAGGACCCUGCUCUAAUGCAUAUAUUUCUCAUGAAUAACAUCCACCAUAUGGUUAGUUCAAUUAGAAAAUCUGAGGCAAGGGAUUUUUUAGGUGAUGAUUGGGUGCAAAGGCAUCGGCGUCUAGUUCGGCAGCAUGCAAGUGGCUACCAACGCGCUGCAUGGAACAAGGUCCUGCAAUAUGUGAGCUUCCAAGGAUUAGCAGCUUCAGGAACCACUAGGAUAAUGGACACUGGCAGCAACGUAUCAAGGUCUCUUUUGAAAGAAAGAUUUAAAUAUUUCAAUCAAUGCUUUGAGGAGCUCUAUCACCGACAGAAGCAUUGGAUAGUUCCAGAUAUUGAACUUCGGGAGUCAUUGAGACUAGCAGUGGCUGAAGUUGUUUUGACUGCCUAUCGAUCCUUUCUAAAGCAUUUUAGUUUACCAAUUCAGUCUGGCAAAUAUCCUCAUAAAUACAUCAAAUACACACCUGAAGAUUUGGAGCAGAAGUUGGCAGAAUUCUUUGAAGGAGUACCAAAAGGCGACCAGAGGCGUUAAUGUCUUGCUUUGUUAAUCCAAAGCAUUUUCUAAAUUUAUAAUUUUUCCAAGGUAGAAGGUUUUGUUCAGAGAUUUUUGGCUAGAAGUCUUCCAUAUGUUUUCUGGAUUUUUUGAUCUGACCAUUGUGAAGAGCAGAUCUCUUGCAAUAAGAGGAAAGAAUGUAGAAGAAUCUUUACUCAUGUCUGAUGUUCUCAAGGUCUUGUUACAUUGCUUGCAAAGGCGAUAAUUAUACAGUUUUUUAUUCAGUCCUCGUACUUCUGAGGACUUGUUAAAUGCUGAUAAAGGAAAAGGUUGUUCAAUUGUUUAUCCAUUCAUCAUAAUGUAAAUUCAUUCAAGGGGUUAAAUUAAUAAUUUUUUAAACCCCUAGUCAAGAGGAAACAUGAAUUAUUUUUCCAAUACCUGAUUUUGUAAAUUUAUUUAACUUUUUUAAUAUGUAUUUUUUUAAUAUUC